AUGGUAGCGCUCCAUUGUGAUGGGUCUUUGAGCGCGGACAGAGCUGCAUAUGGAGGAAUUGUUCGUCAUGCCACUGGAGAUCCUAUUCUGGCCUAUGUGGGUAAAGGGGUGGAGACUUCAGUGCUUAGCAUGGAGUUAUUAGCUAUUCACAGAGGGGCGGCCUUGUGUUUGGAGAGGGUUCUUCAAAGUGUUUCGAUUAGAUCUGAUUUGAAGUUGGCAGUGGAUAUCAUUACUGGUGCUAUCAGCUGCCCUUGGAGUGUGUAUGUUUUGAAGUCCAAGAUUAGCUCUCUCCUGACCCAGUUGACUCACCUUGAAGUGAGACAUGUUUGGAGGGAACUGAACCAGCCGGCAGAUUUUGUUGCCUUCAUCGACAGUGGGGAUGGGGAAACUAUUAUUUAUCCCCCGGACUUUCCUGAAGACCUGAUGAGGCUGAUUCACAAUGAUACUGAUAGGAAGACCUACUUUAGGAUUCCAUGA